UCAAGCUAGAUAGUAACAGCUGCCUCUCGCCAUCAUUUUUGUCCUUAAUUGUGAAUUGGGUUUUUUCCAGCUAUCCAAUUCUUUGAAAAAAAGUUGCAGGGUUGGGUUUUUGUUUGUUUUGUUUUGUUUGCUGAGAGAAUGAGGAUUUUCAUAGCCUUUGAGGGAUCUUUUGAACCAUUUGAUGUUUCAGCAGAUGAAACUGUGGAGGCUGUCAAGCUGAUAAUAAAGGUAGAUUAUUUCCACAUUCCUCUCUCUGAAGAUGAACAUGGCAGGUGGUAUCUGGAGCUGAUGUAUGCUGGAGCAGCUCUAAAGGACAGCUGGAGUCUUGCUAAUGUUGGAAUAUCUCUUGGCUCAACUCUCAAAUGCUUUGUUAAGGAAGAAGACAAGCCAACUCUCUAUGUGUUUAAUGCUGUGACACAAGAGACAAUGCCAAUGAUGGAGAACAUUUCCCUUCUUGGUAAAAAAGUAUCAGAUCUGAGAACAUUGGUAGCUCUGAGCUGUGGCUUCCCUGUGAGUGUCUUCUGUCUUCGGACCCCAAAGGGACUGGAGAUGUAUGACUGCAACACCCUCAGGAACUACCAGAUAGACAUCGGCACGACACUUCGUUUGGACGUCUGGGAUGGAUGGAAGGAAUUUCUGAUGGGUUGUCUUCUGGGACAAAAACUUAAAGUCCAACGCUAUUUAUCAAAUGAAGGACCAGUAUUCAAGUAUCAGAAAAAGGUAGCCCUGUACAUCGCGGCCUUUUACGGGUACACUGAGCUCACCGAAUGGGCCCUCAAACAGGGCGUGCGGCCCGAAGAAGCUGUCGGUGUUCACCCCUACUGAGCAUGGUGCCAUGAAGCCCUUCAUGCAGAGUCUAAAUGCCCCAUUCAUGCAGCUGCAGAAGCGGGCCAACUGUUGAUUCUGAAGGCCUUUGUCAACUGCAGCGUGCUGUGCCUGGAAUGUAAAAAUGCAACGGGACAAAUUCCCCUGACCAGCCUUAAACACAAGCAUAAAGAUUGUGUAUUAUAUUUAUUGAGUAAAAUGUGGUCCACAGUGAGUAAAAUGUGGUUCACAGUUUCUUUUCCAAAAAUUUCAGUCCCCAUGAGGAUUUAUAUUAAAAUAAAACAAUGGGUCCUCAGAGCUCAGAGUCACAACCUUAAUAAAAGCCAGCUUUGUGGAGCAAGGGUCUUUGGGGCAAAAGUUGGAGACAUCAUGAUGGUGGAUGGUUUCACCACACCAAAAAUGACCUCCAAAAGCUGGCAUAAGGCUAGGUACAAGGACUCGCAAAGCCCUGUGUGCAAGCUACCGCCUCAACGUGAAGAAACUGCAAGCAGGAAACCAGUCAAUCCUUUGGCAAUUUUACAGCAGGAUACAAGGCAACAAACCUUGAAAUUGCCUCCACUGGUAGAUGCAAAUACAUUCUCUGAAUUACAAAGACAACAACAAAAUCAGAAAAAAAUUACCGCAACAGCUAAGGAAAAAGAAAAGCUCAUAAAAAAUACAGAUCUCCCCCAAGCCCCCCUCCCCCCAGUUUCAAGAGUGGGCUAUUCACACCCAUCUUUUUACUAUACAACACCCAGUGCUGCCUUUUUACUCAAAUCCUCCUUUGCCUAUUUCUCAGAGCACAGUGGUUAAGACUCCAAGGAGAUCGCCAUCUACUGCUUAGCCGUGGCCAGUGCCUUUAAAGAGAAACGAUGGCUUCAGCAGUUGGGAAUAGCAAGAGUUCUAGCCAAAAAGAGCAUUUCUAACCUGACCUAAGAAGACCUAACAGCACGUGAAAAUCCUCCAAAAAUUGUGCUUUGAAAAGUCAUGACAAU